AUUAAUCGAAUAGCUACAAUUUACUAAAACUUGGCAACAACAAUAAAAUGGGCGCAGAAACAAAAACAAACACUUUUCGGUAUUGAAUAACAACCAAAACAAAUGCAAUGGCGACAGUGCCGCCAAAGUUGGAGAUAGCGCCGGACAACAAUUCAGCUUCCACACAAAGCAAAACGAGAGCAAAGACAACGCGACCCAAAGCAGUUUACCAAUGGACCGUAAGCGAUGUUCAAAAGUGGUAUAGACGUCAUUGUGGCGAGUACAUUAAAUAUGAGCAUCUAUUUGCCAAGCAUGACAUUACUGGUCGAGCCCUCCUGCGUAUAACAGAUUCCUCGCUGCAACGUAUGGGUGUCACGGACAAUCGAGAUCGGGAGGCGAUUUGGCGUGAGAUUGUGAAGCAGCGCCUAAAGACAGAUAUUAUGGAAAUUCGUGAUAUGGAGCGACUAAAUGCGCAAAAUUAAUUUAUAUGUAUGCUAUUAGAACUAAUGUGUGUUUAAUGCUUGAAUUUAGUUUAAUUAAGUAAGUACAUUUUAGAGUAUUAUAGAGAUCA